GCUGAAAACGUGUAUUUACCACGUAAUGGUCACUUUGGUAUUUCUGCGGCGACUGGCGGACUCGCAGAUGAUCACGAUGUUCUCGAUUUCUCUGUCGCUUCGCUUAUUACGGACGGUCGGCCUUCAACUCCUGGUAGUCUUCCACAAGACGAGAAGGCAAAGUAUGAAGAGGAGUUCGAAAAGCAGAUGAAAGAGUUUGAAGCUGAGCGAGCCAAAUUCAAAGAGCAACAUCCAGAUAAAGCUAAGGAAGACGAUGAUUACGACGAAGCAAGGUAUUAUGAGGACGCAACGGUUCGAGAACUGCGCCAGCUCUUCGAGAGUCAGGCGAAAAUGUUCCAAGUGUUGCAACGAGUUGAAGAGAGAGUGCAGCUUUUGUCAGGCGGAGCUGUUCAAACCGGCACAAGCAGGACAAGCUGGUGA